AUGUCUGCAUUUGGGGUGUGAGUAACAUAAUUUUUUAAUCUGUUCAUCAUAAAUAUAUAUCUUUUUUUCAGAAAUGACGUAGUGGAUUUUCGAGAUGAAGCUUUUCGACAAGUUUCAAUAAGUUAUCGAGGCGAAAUUUAUACAUAUAUGCCAAUUAAAAUAUCUAUCAAUUGCCCUUUGAAUAUGAAAAUGUUUCCAUUUGACCAUCAAACUUGUCAUAUACGCUUAUGUUUACCAAUGUUUUAUUUGAGAGAAGUAAAAAUGUUGCUCGAAUUUUAUCAACAUGUUUUACAACCUUCUCAAAUUGCAUCUAUGGUAAAACCACUAUUUCAUAGUGCUUCAAUUUUCAACUGAUUUUCAGGGAAAUUCCGAAUGGAGAGUUUUGAAUGUCACUGGGAAAAUUGAAAUUUUGAGAUAUAAUCAACGAUCAAGUGAUCUUAAAACAUGUGUAUUUGAAAUAACUAUGGAGAGAAAUCCAAUGUACUAUCUUUAUAUGAUAAUUUUCCCAAGUUUUCUGAUUAACACAAUUUCAAUUUUUGCUAUUUUCCUCAAAAAAACUGAUAAACUAUCCAAGGUUGGUGUCUAUUCUUCACAAUCAGUUCAAAAACGCAUUCAAUUUCAGUUAAACGUCGGAAUAACAACAAUGAUGACAAUGGUUUUCAUUCUUGGAUUUAUUGCCGACAGUAUUCCAAAAACUGGAGAUAUUCCAUUACUUGGUAUAUAUAUUCUGAUUAAUCUUGGUAUUAUGAUUGUUGCUAUUGCUUUUGUAGCGUUUCGUGACAAGUUGAAUAAUAUGUUAGCAACUAGAACUGAAACCGGAAAAAAAGACUGCAGGUAAGAAAUUAACACUAUUGAUCUACAAAUGAACUCGGGUGAAUUUCAGGUCAAAAAUCUUCGAUUGUCUUGGAACAUCAUUAGAAAAGUUUUUAUGCAUAUUGCUUCAUCUUAUCAAUUUUUCAAAUUUUUCUGUUGUCAUAAUAAUCUGGAUUAUAACUUAAUUUUCGAAUUUUUUUUGUUAUAUUAAUAAUUAAAAAAUAUAGUUGUUCAAAAAAGAUUUCAAAGACAAGGGUUUUUCUUUCUUCCGAAUGGCUAUUUGUGGUCACGAGUUUUUAUUUCGGGAAAAAAAUGACAUUUGCUCUAAUGAAAAAAUGAAAAGUGGGUGUGAAACCCAAUCCUACUCUUGAAAAUGAAAAAUUGUUUUUAAUAUAGCCUUAACUAUAAUGUAGCCAUCAUUUGAAAUACCCAUUUAAAAUGAUGUGUUAAAACAUUCAGAAAACCUAUCCGUAAUCCAAAACAGAAAUUCAGUCAGUCAAUUUCAAAACUAACGAAGAGAAACGGUUUUCUGAUGUGUUUAAUCGCAAACCAUCUUCAAUAACCACAGAAAACAAUCCUUGAUAGUACAUUUUGAAUAGAUAUUUGUGACUAGAUUCAAAAUUAAUCAACGGCUAUCAUUAACACUGUUUACUAAUAUGAUUGAAAACAACGUAAAUUUAAAUGUUCGUGAGUACACUGCUUGUUCCCUUUAAUAUACAAAUUGUUCUUCAUAAGCAACACUUUCAAAAAUGACGAGUGUUGAGUUCAGAACUCAAAACUAUAGCACAUACUCUUUAAAAAACAUCAAGAAUCAGGCAAAAAUAGUGUAGUUAAAGUUUCAUAUUUCAUCAAAUGACUCUCGACGUACUCUAAAGCAUUGUUAAAAAUGAAAAGUUCAAUUCUGGUCUUUUUUAUUUCUUCAAUAACCUGUUAUUUUAAAAAUUCCGAUUGGUAUCGUGAGUGAUUAAUUUUUAUAUAAUAUAAAGACAAAUGUUUUGAUCUUCAGAAAAAGAUUACUAUGAAUAUUUGGAUGUUCAAAGCCAAUUGGUUGAUGAUGUUUUCAAAGAUUAUAAAGAAAAUGUCGCACCAAUUUUAACAAGAGGUUAGAAUAUUUUAAAUUGUAUUCAAUCAAAAAAAAUUACUUUAAGGUAUAAGUGAUGAUACAACAGUUUUUAAAAACGCUUCUUAUUUGCCGAAAUGGAAUUAUACGCUUUAUAUUUAUUAUAUAAAACUUGUUGAUGUGGAUGAGCCAAUGGAAAAAGUUUCAUUUGUUAUUGAACUUAUGGAGGUUAGUAUACACAACUUCUUUGAUGUAAAAUUGCGUUUUUUCCUAGUUUUGGUAUGAUGCGAGAUUAACUUGGAACGCAACAAAAUAUCAAGAUAUAAAAACAAUCUACGUUCGUCAAGACUCUGUGUGGAGUCCAACAUUAUCAGGGUUUGGAGUGUAGGUCUUCACAACACUUCUAAAAAUCUGAACUUUUGUUUUUUUUGUAGAAAUGACAUUGAAGAUUUUCGAGACUCUGAUUUUCGUCAAGUAUCUAUUACACAUUAUGGUGCAUUAUAUACUUAUAUUCCUAUUGCUAUAUCAGUUAAUUGUCCAUUGGAUAUGAGACUUUUCCCAUUUGAUGAACAAGACUGUUAUAUUCGAUUUUGCUUACCAAUGUAUUAUAAGAGAGAAAUUGAUAUUUUUCUACAGUUUUAUAAAGUGAUUUUGAAAAAAGCGCAAAUUGAAGCAACGGUUAGUUUCAACCCUUUGAACAUAUUUGUAUUGAUUUUAUCCACCAGGGAAAUUCUGAAUGGCGCGUAACAAAUGUGAGUGGGAGCAUAGAUGUUGUAAAAUAUGGAGAUGACGUUAGUGAUAUUGAAUUAUGUGUACUUCACAUUAGCAUGAAACGGAACCCUAUGUAUUAUUUCUAUAUGAUUAUUUUCCCAUCAUAUAUUAUCAAUACAGUGUCAAUUUUUGGAAUUUUUAUGAAAGAAGCCGAUAGAAUGUCAAAAGUUCGUGAAUAUUUCUUUUUUAAUUUUGAAAAAAAUAUAAUUUUUCAGUUGAACGUCGGAAUUACAACAAUGAUGACAAUGACAUUUAUUCUUGGAGUUAUUGCUGACGAUAUCCCGAAAACUGGAGUUAUUCCACUUCUUGGUAUUUAUAUUAUUGUGAAUCUUGGUAUAAUGCUUUUCUCAAUUGGAGUUAUAGCAUAUCUCGACAAAUUGCGGAAAUAUGUUACUGAUCGUUUGAAAGUAACAAAAUCAAAGCAUGACACGAAAAUCAAGAAAUUCAUCGGAAAACCUCUGGAAAAUAUCCUUUUUUGGGGUCUUCAUAUUGCAAAUUUGCUUAAUUUUUCAAUGAUGAUUGUCGUUUGGGUUUCAACGUGA